GGGAUCAUCCUAAUUCCCAUUUUUUCCUUGAAGGCUUGAGAAUAAGAAUUAUCUCUCUCUAAGUUUCGGCGGACUAAUUUAUUCUCUAAGCUUGCUUCUGCUGGGCUUCAUCCUUGUGUUACAUCUUCAAAUCAGUUCAAUGGGAAGCAAUGGUCGGCCUCCUUAUCACAGACGCCCCCCUCCAGGCAUGUCUCAUCAGGAACCUUUUGUUUCUGGAAUUGGUGGACCUGCAGGUGUUUACCUUCCUUACGACAUCUCACCUGCAGAGGCUAUGGAGCAGAAAAUUGCUGCCCAACAUGUUGAAAUGCAAAAACUUGUGAAAGAAAACCAGAGGUUUGCUGCGACCCACGGGACUCUCAGACAAGAACUUGCAGCUGCGCAGCAUGAACUGCAGGUAUUGCAAUCUGACAUAGGGGUCAUGAAGUCUGAGAAAGAGCAUCAGACCAGGAACCUUGUAGACAAAAUAGUAAAGAUGGAAGCUGAACUACAAGGUGCUGAAGCUAUUAAGCUAGAGUUACAGAAGGCUCGUACAGAGGCCCAAAACUUGGUUGUUGCAAGACAGGAACUUAUUUUGAAAGCGGAGCAACUAAAUCAAGAUCUUCAGAGAAAACAUGCUGAUCUACAACAAGUUUCUGUUCUCAUUUCAGAGCGUGAAACUCUCAGACAAGAGUAUCACCAUUGGAGGGCUACGUAUGACUAUGAGAAGAAGUUAUACAACGACCAUCUAGAAUCUCUACAAGUGAUGGAAAAGAACUAUCUAAACAUGGCCAUGGAGGUAGAAAAGCUUCGAGCAGAAUUAACUAAUAUUGCUGGUGUUGAUAGGAGACAAGGUGCAGUUUAUGGAAGCUCUGCAAUGCACAAUGAGAAUGAGGCUUCAGGGCAGCACCCUGUUGGACAAAAAACAUUUGAAGAAGGCUAUAAUGUAAAUCAGGCACAAGUGGCUCCUUCUGGUGGUGCAGCUUCUGUGGGUGCGGGUGCGGGUGCUUUAGGUACACCUCAUAUGACGGCCCAGUCUGGACCCAAUCCGAGCAGAGCAAGUUAUGAUGCAACAAAAGCACCACCUAAUUAUGAUAGUCAGAGAGGAGGAGGAGGAAGCAGUCUUGAAGCACAAAGAGCAAGUGGUGGUGGUUAUGAAACUCAAGCAAUAAUACCACCAGGAGGAGGCUAUGGCGGCAUACAAAGAGGUUCCUCUUUUGGUGAUGCACAAAGGGGACAUCCUUAUAAUGUUCAGAGAGGAGGACAACAACAGUAUGACCCCCAAAGCCAAAGAGGAGGACAACAACAGUAUGACCCCCAAAGCCAAAGAGGAGGACAACAACAGUAUGAUCCCCAAAGCCAAAGAGGAGGGUUAUCAUAUGAUGUGGACAAGACUAAUGGCUAUGAUGUUGCAGCAGCAGCCAGAGGGGGAGGUGCCACUAACCCUCCUCCUCCUCCUCAAGUAGGAAACCAUCACCCUGGUGGUAGUUGGAGAUGAGCUUAUAUGAUUUUGCACGUUGCGAGAAAAAAACACUGUUUGCCUCCCAAACAUAUUGCACAAGAACAAGUGUUGUUCUCAUUUUGAUAAAUGUUGUUUCUUAUUACUGUUCUUAUUUGUCUUUCAAUGCUUGUACACAAUGGCACUCUCUAAUGUGCUGAAAAUCAAGGGUGCCAAAUUGUUUUGCUUUGGUGAGAGCAGUCUGCCCAUUUUCUCUUUGUUAGAUAGUUUGAUAUUUUGAUUUCAGCUCAAGUGAUAGUUAGCCUAAUAGAGUUUAAACUUUUAUGAU